AUGCCAGGAUACCAUUUGACCAACGCAGACAAAGAAGGACUUGGGAGUAAAUACCUCUGUAACUCGUGCAAGCUACUUUUGCGAGAUGCGGUUCAGACCAAAUGUGGGCAUUUUUAUUGUCAAAGUUGCUUGGAAAAUCUUUGCAAAAAGAAUGGGUCUUUGAACAUGACCUGUUUACAAGAUCAGACUGUUAUUCUUCCUAGUGAGGUAUUUCCGGAUAACUUCAUGCGGCGUGAAGUACAAGCACUAGUUGUCAACUGCACUUUUAUGGAAGAUGGGUGUAAAUGGAAAGGAGAAGUGAGACAUCUAGAGGGCCACUUGAGUAGCUGUGAAUUUCUUAAAAUUCCCUGUGUACAUCCUGAGUGUGGGAAAUUAGUGAAGAAAGCUAACCUUACUGAACAUUUGAAGAGUGAGUGCAAAUGCAGACUGGAAACCUGCAGAUACUGCAAAAAGCAAGUAAAGCUUAAUGGGAUGAAGUCUCACCAGGAGCAGGAAUGCCCAGCAUUUCCAGUGAAGUGUCCAAAAUGCAACAGGGAAGGCAUUUCGAAAGCUCAGUUGUUACAACAUCAAGAUCCAGUUAUGGGAGACUGUGACGGCGUUCAAGGGCCUUGUCCAUUCUCACAGAUUGGUUGCCCUAACAUUGAGGCUCUCACCCAAGCGCAAAAGAAAGAGCACCUGGAGCAAAAGAAUACUUAUCAUACCAACUUGAUUCUGCGUUAUGCCUUGCAAUUUGGCAGAGAUGUAGAAGCCCUUUUGAUUCGAGAUCCUAGAAUAAUGUCCAGAGAUCCGAAUAUAUUUCCAAAUUUCGAGAGUGCGAUUGCAGAUAUAGUUGCUCAAGUUCAAACUCAGGCAACUGAGAACAGGAAUCUGAUCCAAAAACUUCAACAACAGAGUGAGAGAAUCACCAUGUUGGAGAGGAAAGUGGCUUCAGGAAAUUUUUCAGGUGCUACACCUUCUGCCCAAAUCCCUGGUGAGUCCAGUGGCGGAGCGCAAAACCCUGAGAUAACACGAAGGGUUACUAACGUUGAAAACAAGACCGCCGACCACGAAGUUCUUCUAGUCGAGAACAAUCGCACAAUGGAGGAAGUAAGACGUGAUGUGGGUAACAUGAGAAGGCAACUUGACACCACCCAGGAGAGUACUAGAAGGCAUGACCGAAGGAUUGAAUCUAUUGAGCACACGCUGGCUCUCAGGAACGUAACCCUGGCCGAUUUGGAGGAAUACGUAAAACAGCAAGAGUUCUCAAGCUACGAUGGCCAGCUGUUGUGGAGGAUUUCUGAUUAUGCCCGUAAACGAAAUGACGCAGUGACUGGACAGCAAGUCUCCUUCUACAGCCCGUGUUUCUUCACUAGUCGCUACGGUUACAAAAUGUGCGCUCGCAUUUAUCUGAACGGGGAUGGAAUGGGCAGAGGGACGCACAUCUCCAUCUUCUUUGUGGUUAUGCGCGGUCAGUAUGACGCUCUUCUCCGCUGGCCAUUCAGACAGAAGGUCACCUUCAUGUUGCUAGAUCAGGAUAACGUGGAACACGUGAUUGACGCGUUCAGACCUGAUCCGAACAGCUCAUCCUUCCAGAGGCCGAGAAGAGAAACUAACAUCGCCAGUGGAUGUCCAAUGUUCUGUUCGCUUGCUGAGCUGAAUAAUCACGCAUAUGUCCGGGACGACGCCAUGUUCCUGAAAAUAAUUGUGGAUACUUCUGAUCUGUAA